AUGGUCACAGAAGAUGCUGACUCUCCAAUCAGGCCCUAUGAGUGUAUGGAUGUAUCGGACAAAGGAAAUGUGUUUUGUACAGGCAGCCAACUUGUAAAAGAUGAGUGUUAUAUUGUUUUUUGGGAUCCUCGUACAACAAAGCCCUUGGGAGCUUACUGGGAAAGUCAUACUGAAGACAUCAUUCAGGUGAAAUUUAAACCAAAUACUAACACAGUUUUGACAUCUGGUGCUACUGAUGGUCUUAUUAAUAUAUUUAACAAAGAAGACAGUGCCCUGCUAUACUCACUGAAUGUUGGCAACUCUGUGGAGAAACUUACUUGGCUCAAUGACGAUCAACUGGGCUGCGUUACACAGUCUGAUGACCUACAGAUAUGGAACACAGCCACUGGUGACAUGAUCAAAGAAUAUAGUAGAGAUAAAGUUGCUAGGAGUAUUAAGAGGAGCAGAGAUGAUGAUUGUUAUGUGGUAAACAUGUUCCCUGGACCCGACAAUAAUAACUGGUUGCUGGCUGGCUCUCAUGGUGGAAAUGGCAACACUCUGAGGUCACUUAGUAUAGCUGAGAAACGAUUAUCGCCUAGCACAGACUUUGUCAACAACAAACAAAUUGUUAGAUGCUGCCACUUUGAUACACAUAAUAACCUCUUAAUAACAGCAGGUGAGUCAGGUCUAAUCAGCGUAUGGAGUGAAGAGCAAUCACGCGAACGUGACGUCACGCAUGUGCACAAAAACGAUAAGUUGCAUGCACAUAGACAUAGACCAUACUAGAUAGAUUAUUGCCAGAAAUGUGAUUAGCCUUAAUUGAUAUUAGAUUAAUGACGUAGUACUUUUCUCAAACAACUAAAUAUUGCUACUAGGACUUUUAUUCUGUUAGUCAAGGUUUAAGAUCUACAUUCUACACAAUAAAAACACUAUUACGACAGGUACCAUAUUAAUAUAGACCUUAUAAAACGUAGUGAAUAUGACUGAGAACAUAAAAUGUCAACAACGAAACGAUAGUUCUGUUUGUGCAAGCGAUAGACUCACGAUUUUUUAAAAUAAAAUCAUGAGUUAUGAAUGAAAAUCAAUGUUACGAAUUACUAUUAUUUAUUAUAAAUAAUUAUUGCUUGUAUUAUAAAUAAUUAUCGAUUGUUGUUUUCACAGUUUGUUAAAACCAUUUCGCGUUAGAUCUUAUAAUUUAAGAUAUAAAAUAUUUCUCUCUAUAAUUUUAAUAGUAUAGAAAAACUUAAGUUGAGUUUUUUUUAAUGUGGCUCAUCUGAUAUUAAGUGAUACCGUCGCUCAUGGACACUCCUAUUGCCACAAGGCUCGCAAAUGCGUUGCCAGCCUUUUAGUAAUGGUAAGGCACGGGAUAAUUUUCAAAGUCAUAAUUAUACUAUGACUAUGAAAAUUGUUAAUAGUUCAGUAAUAAGCGGGCAUAAGGCUUUUUACGUUGUAUGAACUCCCUACAGAAGAGUAACGGCCAAUAUGGAAAUGAUUAUUUCGUAACUGUAUAAAUAAAACAUUUUAAUAUUUAA